GCGCGUCGCCGAGGCGGGUUGUGCUCUCAGACCUCUGGGAGGGCUCCCGUUUGGCUUGAGGUACCCGGUCCCUGCUCCCUGCUCUCAGUGAGCCGAGCUACCUCACGGGCGCCACCAUGACAGGCAGCCUCUGUGUCCCGGUGCUCCUGACCGCCUGGCUCGCGGCGGCAGCGGCCGAGGGCCCCGAGCAGGCCGCGCUGCCGGCGGAGGAGAGCCGGGUGCAGCCCAUGACCGCCUCCAACUGGACGCUGGUGAUGGAAGGCGAGUGGAUGCUGAAAUUUUAUGCCCCCUGGUGUCCAUCUUGCCAGCAGACUGAUUCUGAAUGGGAGACUUUUGCAAAGAAUGGAGAAACACUUCAGAUCAGUGUGGGAAAGGUGGAUGUCAUUCAAGAACCAGGUUUGAGCGGCCGCUUCUUUGUUACCACUCUCCCAGCCUUUUUUCAUGCAAAAGAUGGGAUAUUCCGCCGUUACCGUGGCCCAGGAAUCUAUGAAGACUUACAGAAUUACAUCUUAGAGAAAAAAUGGCAAUCAGUUGAACCUCUGACUGGCUGGAAAUCACCAGCUUCUCUAACGAUGUCUGGAAUGGCUGGUCUUUUCAGCAUCUCUGGCAAGAUUUGGCACCUUCACAACUAUUUCACAGUGACUCUUGGAAUUCCUGCAUGGUGUUCUUACGUCUUUUUUGUCAUUGCUACUUUGGUGUUUGGCCUGUUCAUGGGUCUGGUCCUGGUGGUAAUCUCAGAAUGCUUCUACGUGCCACUUCCAAGAGUUUCAUCUGAACGCUCUGAGCAGGAUCAGAGGCCGGAGGAUGUUCGUGGAGCUGAACAGCUGCAGGAUGCAGAAGAAGAAAAGGAUGACUCAAAUGAAGAAGAAAACAAAGACAGUCUUGUGGAUGAUGAGGAAGAGAAAGAGGACCUUGGAGAUGAGGAUGAAGUAGAGGAAUAUGAGGAAGAGGACAACCUGGCAGGCAUCAUGGAUGAGGAAAGAAGUGAUGCCAAUGACCAGGAAGUACUACAGGAAGGCAGUGUGUCCCAGAAGGAACGUGAACCUGAUGAAGCUCAUUCAGUGGAUACGCAGAAGGUGGUGGAAGACUCAUUGAGGCAGCGCAAGAGUCAGCAUGCAAACAAGGAACCAUAGAUUUCAUGAUGCCAUUUCUAAAAAUAUAGGCAAGAAAAAUAAGUCUGCUUCCCUCUCGUCUGCAGUUUAAGCCAAAUCUUUAGCUUGUAUUUAGUUUUUAAUUUUUUUCAUGAAUGAACAGUGUUUACUCUUGAAAGAUGAUCUCUGGUCCUGUGGUCACAUGGUAGUAAGCCUCUGUGUCCUAAAGAGAGUCAGAGACAGCACUCAGCCACCAUGGUGUAAGGAUCUUUGCAGGGAUUUAGGUGGAGAACAAGUUGAUAUACUUGGGGGCCAAAGAAUCAACCAGAGGACUCCUCUCCAGUCCUCCAUAGCACCUUUAGAAACGAGGCUGCUGGCCUAAACAAAAUGAGAGCAAAACCACAUUGGUCCUGAACACCCUGGAAGUAUAGGAAGAAUCUUCAUUGUUAAGCAUUGUUUUUGUCAUGUAAGAAACAUUGGGUACCACAGCCCCCGAAACACUCUCUUGGGGCCAGAAAUUCUAGAGACCUGGGUAUAAAUACAACUUGAGAAAGAUGCUGGCGAGUCAUCUGAGCUCCCUUGAUCUCUGUUGUCUUUUAUUUUCUUCAUUUAAUUCCUGUGGCUUCUCCACUGUGGGACUGAAGAUUACCACAUGUUUUAUAACUGCUCUGUAGUGAGAGCAGCAGAUAUCAGGAGAUGUCAGGAGUCUGGAUCCAUUACUCUCAUUUGACUCAAGGCUGUAGGUAAUCAGUAACCACUGCUGAUGAGGCUGGGACUGUCAAGUAUCUCAAAGGCAUGUAACGUAAUCUUUGGAAAUUCGAAAGGUAGUAGGGCUUUCAUCGGGCUGGUACAGACAAACAGCUGGUUUUGGUCAGCCUGUAAUACUUCCAGGAUAACUUCUUCAAGAGUUCCUUUAGCCACAUUCUUUGUUUUUCUGAACCCCAAAGUGUGCCGGCUUCAGAUCUGUGUUGUUUAGUUUCCACCUCAAGGGGUUCCUGCCUCAAGAAACACAUUAAUAAUAACUGAGAAACAUGUCUACUUUUCUUUUGUGCUUUUGGUGAAAAAAAUCUAUGAAAGUCAAUUUCAAGAGAUGAAAGAUUUGAUUUUGUUUCUGUCUUCCUUAAUCCUCUAGAGAAUUGUAUCAUCUCUCCCUACUCAAUCUGGUAUCAGUAUCAAGCAAACCCAGCAUCUUAAAAAAUUUCUCUCCAACUCCUCUCUUACUCUUUAAGGCCUUAGAAUAAAUUCAUAAAGUCAAAUUCUAGGUAUAUGAAAUAUGCCUAAAGUCAAUCUUCUAUGUAACCCUUGGAUUGAGUCAGAAUAAUGAGUCUGUCAUGUUUAAAAAGGUUAUGUAGUUUUCUCUGUAUUAGCUGCCAACAGAAGGUUCACUGGUGAUGGGGUUCAGAAUCUGCCCUCCUGUACUGCAUGAUGCUGCUACAAACCUUGCACAAAGGAAGAUUUUCUUGUGACAAUCCAUUCUUUAUAAAUGUUUUUAUUUCAUCUUUGUAACGUAGUUAACUGUUAAUUCAAGGCUGAGACCGUCAUAGAACAAAGGAAAAGGUGACCUUCCUGCCCUUUCAUGUUCCUGUCCUCUGACACAUCUUUACUCAAAAGACCCAUGGUUCUGUGGUGGCCUUUAUCUUCCUGCUAGAGCUAAGAUGCUCCUUCUCUCCUGCCAGUGGAUUUCUUCCCUUGUUAUAGUAAACCUAGGUCAGUGAGUGGGAAAGGGAAGACUCCGUGUCUCUGUUCUGAGUAGUACCCCUCCUGCAAACUGAAGUACUGGGUUUUAAUGGGAUGUUUAACUAGAGGGAAGGCUUGAGAAUUAGUCUGCCUUAGCUUUUAGAAAUGUUUCAGUGCCAGUUUCCAGUUAGAUCAAACAGUACUUGAUUAUACAAUGAGAUUAUACAUUUUCUUAAAAAUACUUAAAAUAAGUAGGAAGGUAGGAGAAAAAAGUCAUAAAGAAGAAGGUCCAGUCCAGUAAAAUUAUAUUUAUCUGUAGGAAUUAUUUUUCCUAGCCUUUCCUUUUUUUUAACAUCCUGGCAAAAAAUUGGGUUUCUAGUAAAGAUAUCCAGUAAGUACUUACUAAUUUAAUUUAUUUCUGUUUGACAGCCUUUAGGUUUAUUUUCAAUACUGAUUUGAUAUUAAAUUAAAGGAGAAAAGUCAACUUAGAAUUAGAUCAACAAUUAAUAUGUUUUAUUUUUGUGUACAUUAUAAAUUUAAUCCAGAAGUUAAGUGCAUGGAAAAAUGAUUAUAUAUAUAUAUAUAUACAUAUAUAUACAUAUAUGUAUAUAUAUAUAUAUAUAUAUAAACUAACUAUGCUUCUCCUCCACUGCCAUAUCUGCUAUUUAAUUGUAGAAUACUAUUUUCUGUAUGUUAAAAUUGGGUAAAUGAGAUAGUAACUGUGGAAUAAGGGUGUGCAGUGCUUUAUGUACAGAUAGUUAGGAUAAGGUGCCUUGUUCUUUUUUGGAAUGUCUGAAAACUCCAGUUACCUCUCUUUUUUUGAAUUUCUUUUACUGUUCAUUUCUUUAUCUGUGCUGAACCACGCCAGCUUGCUUAGAAUCUCCUGGAGGUAUCUGUGCUGAACUACGCCAGCUUGCUUAGAAUCUCCUGGAGGCAGUGCACAGGAAACUACACUUUUUUGUUGUUUUUAUUGUUUUUUGUUUUGAAGGAUAAUCAUGGGACAGAUAAGUGCUGGCUAAUUCACUUCACAGCCAUUGAACUGCAAGGCAGUCACUACAGUCUCGUAGUAGAAUCUGUACCUGUUAUCUAAUAAUUAGUGCAAUAGAAGGGAAAGAAGCUUGAGACAGAUCAGCUUUGACAUUUGAGAAAGCCACUCAUUUACGUUUUAGGUGCAAACCCGUGACUUAUAAUUAACACAUCGUCACAUGAUUUGAGUGUGUAAGUUUGAAUAAGUAUAUCUUGUAACAUCUUUGGGGGAGGUAAUUAAAAUGCUAGUUAAAGGCUUAUCUACUGUGUGACAUUUUGCAAGAUGGGAAACAAUAGAGUCUAAAGGAAAGUUUUAAAGGAUUAAAAGGGGUGAAUGUUAUUUCAGCAAAAAAUCCUAAGCCUCAAGUGAGAGAAAGAAGGGGAGAUGAGUACUUUUGUUGGUGUUUGCAGGUUUUCUGUGUUCUUCCUUUUAGUGUCCUGCUGUUUUUUCUGCCAGUAUUGUAUUUGUGCAGUUGACUAGCUGUCAGAUCUGUCAACUGUUUGGAAAGUAUUUGUGUAAAUAUUUGUGCCAACAGAGACUCUCAGAGUAUUGUGUCUCAUUACCUCAUUCUUGGAUUUGCUCCUCUUGAGAUUGUAGCUUGUCUGAUAGAAGCCAAGGUUGAGUCUGAUGAAAUCUGCUGGAUUAGUUCUUUGAGCAGCUACCCAAAGCAGGAGGUUCAACUGAGAAAAACCUUGGUCAGCUUCAGCCUAGCACAUGGACCUCACAGUCAUAUUCUCUAAAGUUGUGUGUAGACUGUGAUUCUGUUUACAUGUGGCUAUGACUUGUUUCUAAUGUGGUUGAAUUUCAUUUGUUUCUAGACAGCUUUGUAGAAAUGCAGUUUUUAUACUAAAACUGUUCAUUUGUAAGUCUGUACAUUAUAAAAUGUCUAUGUUUAUUGUUUGUAUUAAUUUUGAUUAUUUAUCCCACUGUAUUUAUUUUACUGUAUCUAUGUAUUCUGUGCUCUCUCAAAUAGAUGUGUAGCAACUGAAAUAAGAAAUCAGUGUAUUGUUUCAAGUACUGCAUUGCCUGCAUUACAAAUUCUCUGAUCAGGGGAUUGUACAUAACCUUGAGCCUACAUACUGCCAUUUUAUUGUCAAGCUCCAUUUGUGUCAAAAUUUAAUUAAUGGUAGUGAUGACCAAUGAAACAGAAUGGUAUAUUGCUUUUUCAUAUAAAUAUUUUCACACAAAAAGUAUUUGUGGAGGCAGUUGAAAAUAUUACUUUGUUAAGAAAAUAA